CUUUUGCUGAUCACUGAAAAAACUGUCAAUUUACACACUCCUUUGAAAUGAUUAAAUGCAUUUAACUGCAGAUGCUAUUUCCAUUGAUCUGUUAACAAUACCUCUCUUUGGGUUACAGUCUCGAUCUCUAUUUGUCAAGAAUCUGAAUUUCAAAACAUCUGAUGAGAGCCUGAGGAAGCAUUUUAGUGAAAAUGUGAAGGAAGGAAAGAUCCAGAGUACCAGGAUAAAGAAGCACCUGAAAAAUGGGAAGACUCUCUCAAUGGGUUUUGGUUUUAUUGAGUUUGAUUCUGUAGAAACUGCGACAAAUGUGUGCAGGGAUUUACAGGGAACUGUUUUGGAUGGACAUGCCCUUAUUUUGCAACUUUGUCAUGCCAAGAAGGAUGGGCAAGUGGCAAAAAAGGUUGAUAAAGAUAGGAGUUCAACAAAAUUAAUUGUGAGAAAUGUUGCUUUUGAGGCUACAGAAAAAGAACUAAGGCAACUAUUUAGUCCAUUUGGCCAGAUUAAAAGUUUAAGGCUGCCGAUGAAGUUGGGAAGCCAUAGAGGCUUUGCAUUUGUGGAGUAUGUCACAAAGCAAGAGGCGCAGAAUGCACUUCAAGCUCUUGCAAGCACCCAUCUGUAUGGUCGCCAUCUGGUAUUGGAACGAGCAAAAGAAGGUGAGAGUUUGGAAGAACUACGGGCUAGAACUGCUGCACAGUUCACUGAUGAGCAAACUGGGUUUCAGAACCCAACAAAAUUGUCCAAGAAAAGGAAACAAUUGGCUAUCGUUGAAGAAGGCAAUAUUAAGUUUCAAAGGAUUGCAGAUUAGUGCUUCAGACAAUGUUGUGGCAUAGAAGUCUGAAAGCUAAAGUUAGUUGUCUCAUCGAUCACACAAGUUAUUCUGUGUAUGAGUUAUUCAGAUGAAAGCAUCUACACCCAGUUUUCCUGUUUGGGAGUCGCAUUAUUCUUA